UUCACCAACCACGGCUGAGAUCAUCAUUCAGCCUGGGCCAAUAAAGCUUUCGGCUUUAAUCUCGUCUCCUUUCCUCCUUCUAUAUAUAACGUUUUUCUAUAGUACUUUUUCGUCUGAUCCCCAACAAAACUUUUAUAGUGCUUUCUCUCUCUGAUUGUAAGGGCAAGAAUGGGUAGUCUUGAAACUGAGAGAACUGUGGUAGGAUGGGCAGCAAAAGAUCCAUCUGGGGUCCUUUCUCCUUAUUCCUACACUAUCAGAAACACAGGCCCAGAGGAUAUUUUGUUGAAAGUUCUCAGCUGUGGAAUCUGCCACACUGAUAUUCAUCAAGUGAAGAAUGAUCUUGGCAUGUCACGUUAUCCCAUGGUUCCUGGGCAUGAGGUGGUUGGUGAGGUGGUGGAGGUGGGAUCAGAGGUGACUAAGUUCGGAGUGGGAGAUGUAGUUGGAGUUGGAUGUAUUGUUGGAAGUUGCAGGAGUUGCAACCCAUGUAAAUCAGAUAUUGAGCAGUACUGCAACAAGAAAAUCUGGUCUUAUAAUGAUGUCUACACCGAUGGAAAACCCACCCAGGGCGGCUUUGCCCAAUCCAUGAUCGUAGAUCAAAAGUUUGUGGUAAAAAUACCAGAGGGGAUGUCACCAGAACAAGCAGCACCACUAUUGUGUGCAGGAUUGACAGUGUAUAGCCCACUUAGCCACUUUGGGUUGAAGAAGAGUGGACUAAGAGGUGGCAUAUUAGGACUUGGAGGAGUAGGGCACAUGGGCGUGAAGAUAGCGAAGGCAAUGGGACACCAUGUUACUGUGAUAAGUUCUUCAGACAAAAAGAGGGAGGAGGCCUUGGAGCAUCUUGGUGCUGAUGAGUACUUGGUUAGUUCUGAUGCAACUCGGAUGCAAGAAUUUGCUGAUACCCUUGAUUAUCUCAUUGACACUGUACCUGUAUUUCACCCUCUUGAGCCUUAUCUUUCUCUGUUGAAACUUGAUGGGAAGCUGAUUUUGAUGGGUGUUAUUAAUACCCCAUUGCAAUUUCUCACUCCUUUGGUCAUGCUUGGGAGAAAAUCAAUCACAGGGAGCUUCAUAGGAAGCAUGAAAGAAACAGAGGAGAUGCUUGAAUUCUGCAAGGAAAAGGGAUUGACCUCCACGAUUGAAGUGGUAAAAAUGGAUUACAUCAACACAGCAAUGGAAAGGCUGGAGAAAAACGAUGUCAGAUAUAGGUUUGUUGUGGAUGUUGCCGGUAGCAAGCUGGAUCCCUGAAAAAAAAAAUAGCAAUCACAAACACCAAAACUCCAACUAUAUACAUGGUUUUUCAGAUGUUUUCUUUUUGGUGGGUCGAAAUGUCAUGAUGAUAAGCUGUCAAUUAUGUAAUAAAAGAAGAAGGAAGAAGAAGAAGCUGAGGUGUUGAUUCUAUUAUGAGGAUGUUUUAGUUCUUUUAAUUCAAUGCAUUGUGGUUGUGUGAUGUGUCUCCCUCAACUUUGUCUCCUCUGGUAACGUAAGAUACCAAACUGGCAGAAACGUUGUGAUCAAGCAAAGCCUUUUUCUUUUGAAAGUGUGGAUGAACCUCAGAACUGUGCUGAUGCUAAUAUGAGAAUAAUCCUAGUUGGCAGUUGUUGAGGAUUAUUAUUUUCUAAUUUAUUUGUUAUGAUUUGUGGGUA